GCCAGGCGAGUUUCUCGCGCCGUCUACCUUGAAGCUUUGGAUCGGGCGCAGCGCAAGGCGUGGGGAAGGCGCGGCGCCCCCCGGCUGCACCUGCGGGGCUGCGGCGGGGGGAGGGCGCGGGGCGGCGGCGGCGGCAACAGCUCCCUCCCCCGCCUGGAUUGCGAGCAAGGCUCUUCUCCCCACCCCACCCCACAUCGCCCACCCACUUCGAGGAUCUCCGCGCCCCGGGCUCCACAUGCAUCUCUGAGCCGGAGAGCCGUGGAUCCCGGGCGUUCAUGUCACCCUUGGGUCGGAAGAGACCAGAUCCGAGGGUCCUGUGCUGGAAGGAAAUCUAAGAUGAAGUUAUGGGAUGUGGUGGCUGUCUGCAUGUUGCUACUCAACACAAUCUCCACCUUUCCUCUUCCUGAUGGCCAGACCCGCUCAGUGCUAGAGGGAACUGAAGACGAUCACACCUCCAACCGGCUGCUGACUCCUUAUGCUGGCCAAAUGGACUCUAAUAUUUCUGAGGAUUAUCCCAAGCGGCUUGGUGAUGUAGAAGAUUUCAUUCAAGCCACUAUAAAAAUCCUGAAGAGGUCACCAGAUAAACCAACACCAUAUAGCUCCAAAAGGGAAAGAAACCGUCAACGUGCAGCAAAGAACAAUAGUAAUUCCAGCAGCAGGAAAGGACGGAGAGAUCCGAAGGGAAGAAACCGGGAUUGUGUCUUAACUGAGAUGCACUUAAAUGUGACUGACUUGGGCUUGGGAUACAACACCAAAGAAGAGUUGAUUUUCCGGUAUUGUAGUGGUUCCUGCGAGUCCGCUGUAACCGUGUAUGACCAAAUUUUAAACAAUUUAACCCAAAACAGAAAGUUGGCCAGUGACAAAAUCAGACCACAGCCUUGUUGCAGACCCAUUGCGUACGAUGAUGAUGUUUCGUUUUUGGAUGAUGACCUAUCCACUUAUCACAUACUGAAAAAACAUUCCGCGAAAAGAUGUGGGUGUGUCUGACAUCCUUUUUGGGUUUGAUAUUGCAUUCCUGCUAAAGAAGGGUCCAAGGCUCCCAAGAAGAUGGAAUGAUGGCUUCAGAGGAAGGCAAGAGGACCAAGCAUAUGGGAGAACAACAACAAGAAGACGGGAUAUCAAUCAAUCUAAAUAUAAUAACGAUAAUGGUAAUUGUGGGAGCCUGGUUGUUAGAAAUCCAACACAGGAGAAUUGGAUAGGAUACAACCGCAGGGGCGUUUUGUUUCUACAGGAAGGCAAAUAAGCAUCAAUGCUCAGGGGCAGAGAUCCAAGAUGGAUGGAAGAGACUAACAACAUUUGCUUUAAGGCGAUCCACUGUUAGCAAACCCUGGCAAGGCAGGUGCUUAACAACACAAUCUCUGUCGGA